AUGGAUGGGCAAGCACAAUGUGCGCCCGGUCCUGUACGUGUGUUAGCGGUCGUGUCCGGUUCGUGUGGAGAUCCGAUACGUGAGAGUCCUGCCCCUGUGGACCCCCGUGGACCCCGUUGCCCCAGGACUCACUUGGACCCCCGGGACCCUCUGGACUCACCAUUCCUGUGCGUGCUCCCAUAUAGACCCCUGAGGGACCAGGACCCAGGACCUCCCAGCAGCUCCAGCUCAUGGGGCAUCGGGGGUCUGUCUGCAGCCUUCUACCUCAGCCGCAGUGCACAGGUCUCCAAGGUGGUGGUGCUAGAGGGCAGUGCGCGGGUCGGGGGCUGGCUGUGGUCCAACAGGAGACCUGAUGGGGCCGUGUUCGAGCUCGGGCCCCGAGGAGUGAGACCAGUGGGGCCCACAGGACGCAACACCCUCAACAUGGUGGAGGAGCUGGGCCUGGAGAGCGAGGUUCUCCCGGUGAGCCAGGACCAUGUGGCGUCUCAAAAGCGCUUCCUGUUUGUGAGGGGUCAGCUGUGGGAGAUGCCCCGCGGCCUCAGUGGGCUCCUGAGGCCCACCCCGCCCUUCUCCCGAGCGCUGCUGCCGCUGCUGCUGUCGGAGGUGUUCGUGUCCAGAGCAGAGGACCAGGACGAGACCCUUCACUCCUUCGUCAGCCGCAGGUUCAGCUCUGAGUUGGCAGACAUAGCGGUGAGCAGUCUGUGUCGUGGUGUGUUUGCUGGAGACAGUCGGAAGCUCAGUGUUCGAGCCUGUUUCCCAGAUCUGCACCGAGCCGAGAGCCAGCGGGGGUCUGUGGUUCUGGGGAUGCUGCUGGGGACAGUGGGCCGGCCGGACGUGGCCCCGGGGCCCCUGGCUCUCAGGGCCCAGAGGGAGCGCUGGGCUCAGUGGUCUCUGCGCUCAGGGCUGGAGUCUCUGCCUGAGGCCCUUAAGCUGCAGCUGCAGAGCAGAGGUGUGGAGCUGCACACAGGGGCCCAGGUCAGAGGGCUGCAGAGGACGGACAGCGGCUGGACCGUCCAGACUGAGUCCGGGCCGAUCUCCGCGGACCACAUCGUCUCUGCUCUUCCGGCUCAAGCUCUGGGUUCUGUCCUCCCCUCCUCCUGCUCUGCUCUGGCGUCUCUUCUGGAGCAGGUUUCUUGUGUGACGGUGGCAGUGGUCAGUCUGGAGUACAGCAGUGCAGUGUUACCAGUGCAGGGCUUCGGUCACCUGCUGCCCGCCUCAGAGGACCCCGCGGUGCUGGGAGUGGUCUACGACUCUGUGUUCUUCCCUCAACACAACAGCCCUGAGGGAGACAGCACCCGGCUCACUGUGAUGAUGGGCGGGGCCUGGUUCCAGCAGGUCUUUGGUGACCCGGACCAUGUGAGCACAGAUCUGCUGCUGUCCAGAGCUGUGUCUGCUGUGACCACACACCUGGGAGUCAAACAGCUCCCCGUGUGGAGCAACGUGGCACUGCACCGGGACUGUAUUCCUCAGUACUACUUGGGACACGCUCAGAGAGUGGAGCUGAUGCGCAGCUGGAUCCGAGACGCAGACCUGCCGCUGUCAUUGGUCGGAUCCUCCUACGACGGCGUCUCUGUCAAUGAUGUCAUCUUUAGUGGACGCACAGCCGCAGAGUCACUGCUGCAAACGUGA